UAAAAGUUAAUUAAUCAAUUAAGAAAAUCGUAGAAAUUUCACAAGAUUAGGGUUUCUAGCGACACACUCCUUUCUCCGUUUCUAGCUCGUAGGAUUGUUCAUGGUCGACGAGUGGGAUUAAAGCUUUACGGUAUUCUGAUUCGGCUUACGAUUGAAAGAGAGGAGCUUUUUCAGUUUAAGAUGGAUGAGAGAGAUCAGUUCCAUCGCAACGAGGCGAUCUCUGCCGUCGCCGACGAGGGUUUUAUGGGUGAGGAAGAAGACGACGACUUUGAUGAUCUUUAUAACGACGUUAACGUCGGAGGAGGGUUUCUUCAGUCUGUGAGAAAGAACGACGAAGCGGGAUCAAGAAACGAGGUGAAGGAGAAGGUCAAAAUCGAGGAAGAAGAAGCUGAGGAGGUCUCGAUACCUGGUUUGGUUGGUGAGAGCGUUGCUAUCAAAACAGAACCAGAAUCAGAAGUAGGAGGUAGUGGUGUGAUAGUCGCUUCUAGUGGAUAUGGAGCUCAAGAGCUUAAGGUAAGCGAGGUUAGCAAUCAGAUUCCUAGUGGAGUUGUAGGAGGUGGGAUUAAAGUUGAGCUAGAGCAAGCUCCUAAUAGGGAAAAUGAUGUUGAAGCUUCUAGAGGAAAUAACGUUUCUCAGGGUCUCUUGCCGCCGCCACCACCUCCUCCCACCUUGGGAAAUAACGAGAAUUUGAUGAGACCUGUUAAUGGUGCGACUCCUCAUGGACCUGGCAUUAUGGGGAAUGGAGCUGCUAUCCAUAUGCCUGGUGUUCUUACUGGUGGUGGUGGAGGAGGGGGAACUUUUCUUUUUGUUGGGGAUCUGCAUUGGUGGACAACAGAUGCUGAAGUUGAAGCAGAGCUCUGCAAGUAUGGUGCGGUGAAGGAGGUUAGGUUCUUCGAUGAGAAAGCUAGUGGUAAGUCGAAAGGGUAUUGUCAGGUGGAGUUUUAUGAUCCUAUGGCAGCUACAGCUUGCAAAGAGGGGAUGAAUGGGUUUGAAUUCAACGGUAGGCCCUGUGUUGUUGCCUUUGGUAAUCCGCAUUCCAUUAAGAGAAUGGGGGAGGCGCAGGUGAAUAGGAACCAACAGGCGCAAGCUGCACUUGCACAAGCUAAGAGAGGUGGCCCAGGCCCUGCUGAUCCUCCUCCUCCGAUUAAUAAACCCGUCGUGGCCCCCACCAACAAUAACUUCAACAGCCACGCCGUUGGCGGGAAUUUCCAAGGUGAGGAGAAUAGAGGAUUUGGGAGAGGUAAUUGGGGAAGAGGAAACGGACAAGGUAGAGGACCAGGUGGUCAGAUGAGGAAUAGGCCUGGUGGGAUGGGUGGAAGAGGUUUCAUGGGUAAUGGUGGAGGUGGGUUUGGUCCUAUGAAUAUGAUGCAUCCUCAAUCAAUGGGAUUUGAACAAGCUUUUGGUGGACCCAUGGCGAGAAUGGGAGGCUAUGGAGGCUUCCCUGGGGCUCCAGGUCCACCGUUUCCUGGGAUUUUGCCCUCGUUCCCUCCUGUAGGAGGAGUUGGUUUACCUGGAGUGGCACCUCACGUGAAUCCAGCGUUUUUUGGAAGAGGGAUGCCGAUGGGAAUGAUGCCUAAUGCUGGUGUUGAUAUGGGAAUGUGGGAUCCUAAUAGUGGAGGAUGGGGUGGUGGUGGUGAGGAUUUGGGUGGUGGAAGAGCUGCGGAAUCGAGUUAUGGGGAGGAAGCUGCAUCGGAGCAUCAGUACGGAGAGGUUAAUCACGAUAAUAGAGGGGCUCGUCAGAAUCAUGUGAAGGAAAAAGAGAGAGCUUCGGAAAGGGAAUGGUCUGGUUCAUCUGAUAGAAGGAAUCGUGAGGAUAAUGAUGCUGGUUAUGAAAGGGACAUGCCGAGGGAGAAAGAUGGUGGUCAUGGCUAUGAUUUGCCAGAGAGAAGGCAUCGUGAUGAUAGAGAGACCGGCCGUGAGCGUGAGAGGGAACAUCAUCAUAAGGAGCGUGAGCGUUCCAGGGAUCGUGACAGAGAAAGGGACAGGGAGAGGGAUCGUCAUAGAGAAGAACGAGAAAGAUAUGGUGCUGAUCAUCGUAGUAAACACAGGGACGAACCUGAGCAUGAGGAUGAGUGGAACAGAGGUCGAUCGUCUAGAGGACACAGCAAAUCACGUCUGUCUCGGGAGGAUAACCAUCGUUCAAGAUCAAGGGAUGCUGAUUAUGGGAAAAGAAGGCGGCUUACAACUGAAUAAUCAUCAUCGUUAUGGGAAGAAAGAAGACGUCAGAGAAGUCAAACCCUUGUCGCAGAAGAUAGUCUCUCACUGGUGAAGUCUCUUCUUCUACUCAGCAAACGUUUGCCUUGUUUAAGUCUUAGGACUCCUUUUACCAUUUUUAUGUGAAACUUCUAAGACCAGUGUGUUGUGGUGACCUUGUUCUUAUUUUUCAACUGUUUCUGAAUUUGUUAUUCUGUAGUUGUGUUUAGUUGAAGCCAAAUAGUUGGUUAGCCAGUGUUACUGAUCUUGUUUCUCCAUGUUCUGUAUGUAUUCAUUGUAUUUGUAA